GACCAAUUAAAAACACAAUACGCACGGCAGAGUCCAGAAUAGAUCAUCCCACUAGCUUCUUUAGACGUCUAAUUCUAUGCGCCUCUCUCAAAUGUCGAUCACAAGCAAUCUUUUUCCAAUCAAACAAUGAGAAGCGCACACUCCCUUACAGACAUAAAGAGAACUCCGAACAAUACUAA